AUGAGGGGCGGCGCCGCGGCGGCCCCACAUCCCUGGGGCCAUGGCCGAGGCGGGGGCAGGAGGGGUCCGAGGGUGCAGAGGUCCACGGCGAAUUGGUUUCAGGCUGGGCUCGGUCGCCUCCAACUCACUGGCGCCCAGCUGUGUCUGUUGAGGCUUCGGGGGCCAGAAAGCGCAAUUCGGGGACACUUUGAGGGGAGGGGCGUCCCGGGCACCACCGGCUACACCCUCGGAGCCGGAGGGGGCGCAGCUCGGGGCGGGAGGAGUCUCCACCUCCCGGGGCUGGUGCCCCCUGCAGGAUCUGCAAGGCGAGGGGGGAGCCGCACGUGCGGUCCCAGGGCCCGGUGGCCACCGGCGUCCGGGAGGCUGCCGAGGGCCUCGUGCCGAAGCCCCUGGCCUCGCCGCGCCACUCAGACCCGUACUCUCUCGAAGGUACAGAUCCCCAACGCGAGCUCGAAUCGCCUCGGUUUCGGUGGUAACCCCACAUGCACGGCGCGGCUUUCUUCCACUUCCAAGAGCCCUGCAGCAGUCGGGAAAAUCCCAGUGCUCAGUCUUGGACUCCAGCGCUCUCUCCAGUCUCGACCGGGGUCUGCGCUAGCACAGGCCGACUUGGCGCCGCCUGGCCGGGCUGGGGUUCGAUGACUGAAGCAAGGGUGGAGCUCUAGGCACUCGCUGCCCCAUGGAGAUGGAGCUUGGAGGAGCGGAGGAGAGGAAGCGCCAGCUAAGGCGCCCCAGCUCGAGCUGUUUCUUCCCGGAGCGUCUCCUCCAGUAUCCAGCUCGUACGCGUUGUAGGAUGAGAGAUGGGGU